AUGCAAGUUUAUACUUUUGUAUCCCGCCACUCCCACCUUGGAGAAUCCUGCAACUGCAUUUCACCAGAAGACGAAAUAGCAAGUUUCUUUUCACCAGGCUCUUUCAAAGGUAUGACAACUGGAUGGCAUCCUAACGGCUGCCCUGCUUGCGGUCCUACUUGCUAUUCCUACCUAUCGGUAGACUCCCUUCUGGCUGCUUCAUAUCUUCGUCUGGACUAUUACACUACUCUUUCAGACGACAAAGGAAGGGUUUCUUUAGUCUAUCCAAUUUUGGACAGGGAGAUAUUCUAUAUUCCCUAUAGCAAUGGUUUGUCUAUAAGCUUCCAAAUGGAUAUAGAGCUCCAUUCUUAUGGGUAUGCCGCAGUACGCCUCUAUGUGCGACAAGCCCAAAUCAAAUAUCCGAUUGUUUGA